AUGCAGUCAUUUACAACACUCGUUUCGAUUCUCGCCAUGAUGCCCGGCUUACUCGUUAACGCUUGCGAUUGCCAUCAUAACAACGACGCCGGCCGAUGGAAGGGUUCUCAAACCCCCUCCAGUGCCAUCGCAGAACUUUGCAAGGAAGGAGGCGCCUGCAAGGAAAAUGGUCAUGGAGCUAGGCUUUGUGUUUUAGGGGAUAUCUCGCAGUGUCUCUGCGCCGUUGAGGCGGCUGAGAGCUGGCAGAGCAAACAUGGAGGAGAUUGGUUCCUGUGGUCUGGCGUCAACUGCGGCGACUUGACUGUCACAAUGAACGCUGCUUAA